AUGGCAGAAGCAAGCAGCGUUCUUCGAAAGCGCCGCCCAAGUCACUCCCCUGACCUUCUCACACAAGACGACGGUCAUGCUCCAACUUUCUCUAACAAGAGACGCUUCGUCCUUGACGACCAACCCCAGCAAAACACAACAUACCAAAACAACUCCACUCCCAACGAAGAACCAAGGAACCCACUCGACAUACUCGCCGAAGCUGCCUCCCUGGCCUCACCAAUCCCAACUCGCCGUCGCAAACGCAUUGUCCUGAACACGCCCUCCCCACCUCCCUCACCCAAGAACUUCAACCUACUCACCGCAAUGGCCUCGCACGUGGAUAUCCUACUACAAAUCACCAGCUACCUACCUCCUCAAACACUACUCAACCUCUACAGUGUUUCUGCUCCGUUUCACUAUGUCAUGGACAGUCACUUUACCGCAUUCGUCAAGGCAACCGCCACUUUCUGGGCCCCUAAUGCCGAUAAAUGCUUUCCUUGGUGGUGUUAUCGUCAACUCUGCAUCGAAGACCCUGCUCUACGACGUCCCAGACAGGAUCGCAGAAGUGUGAGCUGGGAUGAUUUGGUGCCCAAGAUGGAUCUUCAAGAAACUGUCAACGCAUCUGACUCUUUUGAUUCUCAAACCUCGAGUUCUUCAGACAAUUCACAACAAAGUGCCAAGUCUGAGAGCCCGACUGAGAGAAAGGCACGAAUGACUGAACUCGCGGAUCAACGUCAACAUUCUGCAGCUCCCGUGCCAGGGUUCCGCUGGUUGAAAAUGGUGGCAUAUCGCGAAUCCGUAUGCCGGGAAAUCGUGGGUUGGAUGUGUGUCCACGGCCAUCGCAUCCCACGCACCGAAGGCGUUGAAGCACUANNAAAGUAUUUCCCCCUCUUUCUUUCCCUCUCCCUUUCCCUUCACAUCAAGAGACUAAAAUUUUCACAGCGAAUGUGGUUUCUCCUCGACAUACCCGUCAACGGCCCUCGCAUCUCUCUCAUCCACAACACCGUCUUUUUCCCCAAAGAAGUGCUUGCAGUCCUACAGCUCUUUUUCAUCAAACUGGAUAUGCUGUAUACAGACCCCGUGCAUUGGUAUGGAGGCGAAUGCUCAAUGCGCGAAUUGUUGCUCGCAGAACGCAGUCUCAGUACCCUGUGGAACUACCUUCGCGGUGCAGACGGCACUUCAAAACUCGAUACUCUGCGUCUGUGGGUGAGACAUAGGUAUGUGAGGCCUUCAUCACCGCGGCCAAUGACAAAGGCGCAGCAAGAGCAGUAUGAGGCAAAAGCCAAGAUGCCUAUUUGCGGUGUUCCUGCUGCUUUGGUGGGUAGAUGGGGGUAUGAGUGUUGGGGGUUGGGUGAGGUGUUGCUGUUGAGGCCUGAUCAGUUGGUGAUUCGGGAGGCGGUGAGGAGGAGGAUGGGGCUGCAGAGGAUGUUUUUGUCGUAUCUGUUUUAUGGGUAUUUGGAUGGGGAGGUGAAUGCUUUGCCUACUGUUGUGGAGGCAGAAGAUGUGGUAUUGAGCAUGAUGCGCAGGAAGAAGAAUAGGGAGAUCAAGGAAAAGGAGAAAGAUGAGAUGGAGGUUGACGGUUGA